AGAGCCAAAAAAACAAACACGAAGGAAAAAUAAGUGUGGGGGGAAACAAAGAACCGUCGAGCUUGGGGUUCUUGCAACCUGCGAGUGCGCGAGAGAAAAUCGAAGGUGACAAACCUUGCAUCCGAUUCUGGGAAGACGAGGGUUCUCCACCUGGUCGCUCUACAAUCUAAUCUUUCUGCUACAUGAUGUUGAACAAAUGAUACAGAACUUAUUCUGUGCACAGAAAAACUGGUAUAUAUGGCAGGACUUAUGCCUGGAGAGUUGCCAAAUCAUGGACCAUCUGAUGGCAACUCGGGUAAAAGUUCUAAAGACAAGCAGGAGGAAUCGUUAGGUCGCUGGUAUAUGUCUAGAAAAGAAAUAGAGGAACAUUCCCCAUCAAGAAAAGAUGGGAUUGACUUGAAGAAAGAGACAUAUCUGCGCAAGUCAUACUGCACAUUCUUGCAGGAUUUAGGCAUGAGACUUAAAGUGCCUCAGGUAACUAUAGCAACUGCCAUAAUAUUUUGUCAUCGAUUCUUUCUCCGACAAUCUCAUGCAAAGAACGACCGAAGGACCAUUGCAACGGUUUGCAUGUUCCUUGCUGGGAAGGUUGAAGAGACUCCUCGGCCACUGAAGGACGUUAUUCUUGUUUCUUAUGAGAUCAUUCAUAAGAAGGAUCCUGCAGCUGCACAGAGGAUUAAACAGAAGGAAGUGUAUGAACAACAAAAAGAAUUAAUUUUACUUGGUGAGAGGGUUGUGCUUGCCACUUUAGCUUUUGAUCUGAAUGUUCAACAUCCUUAUAAACCUCUUGUGGAGGCCAUAAAGAAGUUCAAUGUUGCAAAGAAUGCCCUUGCUCAAGUGGCGUGGAACUUUGUUAAUGAUGGGCUGAGGACAUCGCUCUGCCUGCAAUUUAAGCCACAUCAUAUUGCGGCAGGUGCCAUUUUCCUUGCUGCCAAGUUCUUGAAAGUGAAGCUUCCAUCAGAUGGUGAGAAGGUUUGGUGGCAAGAGUUUGAUGUCACCCCACGUCAAUUAGAGGAAGUUAGCAAUCAAAUGCUGGAACUCUAUGAGCAGAACAGAAUUCCACCAGCACAGGGAAGUGAAGUAGAAGGAAGUGCUGGAGGAACAAGAUCUGCUACAAAGGCUCCUGCGCUAAAUGAGGACCAGGCGUCAAAGCAAAUAUCAUCUCAAGCUCCCCAGCACUCAUCUGUGGAAAGAACUGUGGUACCGCAAAGAGGAACUGAGAACCAAAGCAAUGAUGGAAGUGCAGAAAUGGGCAGUGAUAUUACUGAUCACAAGAUGGACUUGGAUAAUAGGGAGUCUCAGAAUUCGGAACAGUUGACUCAGAAAGAGAACAAGAGAGAAAUGUCAAAUAGAUCUAAAUCUGGCUCUGAACGAAUAGUCGCAGGAGACCAAGAGAGAAUGGUUGGGACUAAGGAGGGUGCAGAAGUUGGAAGGAGAGAUGAAUCAGCAUUAUACAAUACUGGCAGCAAUGGUGGUAGAAAUAUGGAGCGUCGCGAAGGCCCUAUAAGUCAUUCACCGAAAGAAGCAAUCAAGAUGAUUGACAAAGAUAAAGUAAAGGCUGCGAUGGAGAAGAGGAGAAAGGAACGAGGGGAAAUGACAGUAAAGAAAGAUGUGAUGGAUGAGGAUGAUCUGAUUGAGAGGGAACUAGAAGAUGGAGUUGAAUUGGCAGUUGAGGAUGAGAAAAAUAAGCGAGAGAGAAGACAGAACUGGUCAAAGCAUGAUGGUGAAGAUCAUCAUGGGAAGAAUCAUGAGGAAAAUAGAGAUGGAAGACACACGAGCAUGAAGGGGCAGUUUCAGAAAGACAUGGAUGAAGAGAAUGCAGAGGAAGGGGAGAUGAUUGAUGAUGCUUCAUCAUCGUUGAACAAUCGAAAGAGAAAAAUGGGAAGCCCUCCUCCAGGGAAGCAACCAGAGAUGAAAAAGCGGCCAGAUUCCAGUUAUCACAAUGAUCCUGCUGAAUAAAGGAAAUGGGAUGGGGAUGGUUGGUUUUGUAAGACAGGGAAAACACAAGGAAUGAGGUGAAUAUUCUGCUGUCCUUUAUUUGCCUAUUGUGAUUUGGCUAAUUGGUUGCUAAAGAAUUAUUCAUUCUGAACGCUCUUGUUUGCCUUAUACAUUUAUUAUUUAAGGAACGGGAUGCCUCAAUUUUGGUAGUGCCA